AAAAUGGCCGCCAGCCGGAGCCUCAGAUACGCCUGGUUGGUGCUCUAGUGUUUGGGGAAUGAGACAGGAAGAGACAUUGUGUGGAAAGGAAUGGCAUCAGCUGAUCUGAGGAAGGAGCUGGAAUGUUCCAUCUGUCUGGACAUUUAUACAGAUCCUGUAACCCUGAAAUGUGGACACAAUUUCUGCCGGGACUGUAUUGGUCGUGUGUUGGAUACACAGGAGGGGUCUGGAGGUUAUUCCUGUCCUGAUUGUAGAGAAGAGUUCCAGGAACGUCCUGCACUGCGGAGGAACAUAACACUACGUAACAUAGUGGAGACUCUCCUGUCUUCUCAGCCAGAUCAGGAGGAGUCCGGGGUCUUCUGUACUUACUGUAUUCACACUUCUGUACCUGCUGUGAAAUCCUGUCUGCUGUGUGAAGCUUCUCUGUGUGACAAUCACGUGAGAGUCCACAGCAAGUCACCAGAACACGUCUUAUGUGACCUCACCACUUCCCUGGGGAACAGGAAAUGUUCCAUCCAUAAGAAGAACCUGGAGUAUUACUGCACUGAGGACUCCUCCUGUAUCUGUGUGUCCUGCAGGCUGGAUGGAGAACAUCGGGGACACCAGGUGGAGACUCUGGAUGAGGCCUCUGAUAUGAAGAAGAAGAAACUGAGGAAUGUUCUUCAGGAACUGAUGACCGAGAGAGAGGAGACGGAGAAAAGAGUCCAGAGUCUGCAGGAACACUGGAGGAAAGUACAAGGAAAAGCAGAUGAUGAAACAGAGAAAGCCACUGUCCUGUUCAGAGACCUCAGGAGACUUCUGGGAGACCUGGAGAAGAAAGCCCUGAGUGCGAUCUCCUGGCAGGCAGAGCGGGUCUAUCUUUCAAUGUCUGAUAUGAUACAACAGCUGGAAAUAAAGAAGGAGGAGCUGUCCAGGAAGAUGGAGGACAUUGAGGAGCUGUGUAACAUGACGGAUCCACUGACUGUCCUCCAGGAAUCAGACACAGGUGACUUGUGUGAUACUGAGGAUGGAGAUAAGGACAGAGAAAUAUAUGAUAAACUCCUCCGUGAUCGAUGUGAUCUGGAUGUGGCGUGGAUCUCAUACAAAUUACACACAGGUCUAUCUGAUAUAAUGCAGCAAACAUGGGGGGUGUCGGGGGUUAUGGACCUAUUACUGGAUGUGAACACAGCCAGUAAUAAAGUACAUAUAUCAGAUGACAUGAAAACUGCAUCCUUAUCAUCAUCACAUGAGAAUCGUCCAGAAACACCAGAGAGAUUUUCAUGUCCUCAGGUGAUAAGUAGUCAGAGUUUUUCCUCAGGGAGACAUUACUGGGAAUUGGAUUUUGGUGGGUUACUGUACUGGAUUGUAGGAAUGUGUUACCCCAGUAUAGACAGGAGAGGAGAUCGGUCAGAGAUUGGCUAUAAUAAGAAGUCCUGGUGUUUGGAGAGGUUGUUGGGUAAUGAUUACUCGGUGAUGCAUGACAGUAAUCUGAUCCAAUUACCCGGUAAUAUGUCCAGUGACAGAGUCAGGAUAGAUCUGGAUUAUGAGGCCGGGCGGAUCUCCUUUUAUGAAUUGUGUGAACCGAUCCGACAUCUCUACACCUUCACCACCACCUUCACUGAGCCCCUCCAUGCUGCGGUACGUGUCGGGAAAGGUUGUAUAAUGAUAACUGGGGGGCGAACAAACGUGAGAAAUCUGCCAGGAAACUGGUGACAUCACUGGGUGGAGAGUCUGAUUGGUGCAAUAGGAGGAAGCGGUGAACAAGAACCCAUACUACUGAUGGAUUUAUAAAGAUGAUGAGCAGCUUUUAUAAAUAAAUCCUCUUCAUCCUGAACCGCACUUCACUACCUAGUAGAGCUACACGAUUAAUCGUGAAAGACUCAAAGCGAUUCUACCCCCCUCCCGAUCUUAAAACAGCAUUUCCCGAUUCUAUGUAACAAGUGCAGAAAGUUCUCUGCUCACUUCUGACAGCUGACACAAAAAAAAUCCAGGCAGCCUGCCAAGUCAAGAGAAACAUUGUAAACGUUUAGCAAGGGAAGACUCGCCCAAGCUCUACCGCAGUAUGAUGCAUUGAGUGUGCGCAGAGUGGUCGGUGCUCUGGCUAAUUAAGUUCACAGUUAAUCCAUAACAAAAACAAGCCGGCAACUCGACACCUUCUCCAUAGAAAAUGUUAUUGUAACGUUGUAGCAGUUGCAGCAUCCAAAACUGACGCGUCCUGGCCUAAGCCUUCAUCUUUUGAUGAAGGCUUAGGCCGAAACGCGUCAGUUAGGGAUGAUGUUACUGCAGUAAUUUUAAAAUAAAAUUUUCUAUGGAUAAUUUGUUGAUCUGACGAUAUGGUUUCA